AUGUUCGCCAUUCUGUACAGUUCCUUUUCCGUACAACCAUCUCCAGACAUGUCCAAAAAAGUCCACUUCAAGUAUCAGGAAAAAACUGUUGAGGAACCGCGGUACGACGAGGACUUCUGUUGCCGUGUGACAUAUAAGGGCGCUUCAGGAGUCGUAAUUGUGCUGGAGAGUCUUUAUCUACUUUACUACAUUCUUAUAUUAGUAUUUGCUUCAGUGAAUCAUCGACAAGCAUGGAGUAUUGUCGUAAUCAGCGUGAAUUUGUUCUUAUUAUUUCUACAAAUAGUAGUUGCUGCACUGGGUGUUUGGAAGGAACAGCACAGACUACUACAAACACAUGUAAUCUUUCUUAGCCUUACACUAGCUUGGGACCUGAUCAUGACAACGGGAUUCUUCAUCCUGGCUGUAUACCCCAGUGCCAAAGAGAAUAAGUUGAUCAACUACAAAGGCGCCGAGUUCAAUGCUCGGAUAUUUGGGAUCGUGAUGGGUUGCGCAAUGAUUCUAUUCUUCGUACUGCGAAUCUUGACUACAUGGAUUAUAUGGAAGUAUUGGUGUUUACUGCGAGCGAAAGAGCGACAAGGCGGACAGAAGAAGUACAGCGCAGUGCUAACUGACCUUUAG